UUUCCGCACGAGUGUUCCAUCACCAUUGCCGAACACUGUACCAAUCAAUCCCAGGUCCACAACUCAUACACUCACACACACUCUUCACUUUUGUCCCAAAACAUCAUUAUCAUGGCUGACGACGGCGACGUGCGCGCACCGAGCGAUCUGGUGCUCGAGGACCAGGUCUUUGAGCUCGCCUUCCACCCGGCGCUCGACGUCGUGGCAGUCGGUCUCAUCAACGGCCGCAUCGGCAUUUACCAGUACUCGCUGGAUGGAAACCAGGCGCUGCUCGAUCUGACGCACCACCGCAAAGCUUGUCGCGCGCUCGCCUUCUCUGCUGACGGCAAUGUGCUUUAUACCGGCUCGGGUGACAAAUCAAUCCAGGCGGUGGACAUGAACACGGGCGUCAUCCUGGCAGCCAUCGACAAGGCUCACGAGGAAAAGAUCAACACGCUGAUUGCGUUCGAAGAGUGCAUGCUCGCAACGGGGGAUGACGGCGGCGCAGUCAAGAUCUGGGACACCCGACAGGCAAAGAGCAUCUUCCAAUUCAAAGAGAAUGAAGAUUUCAUCUCAGAGCUGUCGUACGUGCCUGGCAAGCGGUGUAUCUUGGCACCCAGCGGCGAUGGCACGCUUUCAGUGUUUAGCCUCCGCAAGAAGGGUCUCUUGGCUCGCUCGGAAAACCAAGAGGACGAGUUGCUGUCCGCUGUGACGCUCAAGAACAAUCGCAAGGUCGUCUGCGGCUCCCAAGGCGGCAUUCUCGACAUUUUCACAUGGGACGAAUUUGCAGACAUUAGCGACCGCUUCCCCGGUCACCCAGACUCCAUUGACAGCAUUGUCAAGAUUACCGAAGAUAUUGUUGCCACUGCGUCGUCUGACGGUUUGAUUCGAGUCGUAAACAUCCAACCAAACAAACUCCUCGGUGUCUUGGGCGAGCACCCCGACUUCCCCGUCGAGCGCAUUCGAAAGUCCCGCGACAGCAAGCUGAUUGGAAGCUGCUCGCACGACCAGCGCGUCAAGUUCUGGAACAUUGAGGACUUUUACGCAGAAGAGGAGGAAGGCGAGCUGCCUGAUCUUGCGGAAGACGCCAUGGCCAGUGGCGCCGGAGUGGACGCCAUGGACAACGACGACGACGAGAACGCUGACGAAGACGAGUGGGCGGACGAAGACGAUGAUGGCGAUGACGACGAUAUGGAUAGUGACGAUGACGAUGACGACGACGAUGAUGAUGAUGAUGCCAUGGAUAUGGACACUGGCGCCUCAAGCUCACACGGGCGCCUGCAAAAGUCGCGCGCACAACAAAAGCAAAACAAUGGCAAAAAGAAGAAGCAGCAACAACAAGCCUCGCGAGACGCCCAGCGAUUCUUCUCUGGCAUGUAAUCGUUGAUGCUUGCUUUGUGAAGUCGGUUGUUUUGUUUCUUUUGGCAGUGAGGGUUUUUCCCUUUGAAGCCAAGUCUGUGGUGAUGCUUUCUAUUUUGAUUGUCCGCGUUUUUGUUGUUAGUGAUAUUGAUUACACGUCUCUAAUCGAUCCAGAGGGUUGAUGAGCG